GCGCCAUACAGUCCUUCUGAAUCGCGCGCGCUCACUUUUUCUCGCUGUGUUUGGGAAGUACAGAGGCGCGCGGAGUGUCAGGGAAACCCGGGCCGGCCCACAUGCCCACCCGAACUAUCCACCGCAGCAUGAACUAAAAUGUUCCUAGCUGAUGGGGCCAGAGAAAAAUAAAAUCAGAAAGCAGUGUUCAGUGAAAGAAGAUAAGAAGACCAUGCUGUGAAGUCCAGCUGUUAUGGGCUGCUACAGGAACACGCCCUUUUUUUUUUUUACUCCCCGCUUGAGCUCAUCUUUCUUAUUCAGUGAUUAGUAGCAUUUUCAAUGUUUAAUACUAUUGACACUGAUAAUUCCAGAAUUACUGUAAGUUAUCUUUGGUCUCCUUUCAAAUAUCUUUAUAACAAAGGUUUAAUGGCCAGCCAUGAAGCGUGGUAGGGCCGUGAAACAUGAAGCUCACCAUGCUUGAGCAGCAUGGGCACAGGAUUUGUCUUUGUGCCACACUCACAAGCUGAAGCUCUAUGAAGGAGAACAUUACGGAAUGCAUCUCAGAACAUUCUGUCGAUUUUGGAUUGUAACAUUUUCUUUUCAUACCAAAAUAUGACUUGAUUUGGAAAAUUAGAUAGCACAACUAUUUCUUGAUAAUGAUAUCAAGUCUCAUAAAAAGUGAAGAGAUGUGUAAUGUCUCAGCUUCUUGUAAUGUUGAUUCAAACAUUGAUCAGUUCUUUCAGCCAGUGCUAUACAUUAUUGUUAUUAUCUUUGGCUUCCCAACAAACUGUAUGGCUCUGUGGGCUGCAUACUUGCAGGUGAAGCAAAAAAAUGAGCUGGGUAUCUAUUUGAUCAACCUUUCUGUUGCUGACCUCAUUUACAUAGCCACAUUGCCACUUUGGAUUGAUUACUUCCUCCAACACGAUAACUGGAUUCAUGGGUCAGAGGCUUGCAAACUGUUCGGCUUCAUUUUCUACUCCAACAUAUAUGUCAGCAUUGCUUUCCUAUGCUGUAUUUCUGUGGAUCGUUAUUUGGCAGUGGCCCAUCCACUCAAGUUUGCCAAAGUGCGUCGGGUGAAGACAGCCAUUUUAGUCAGUGCCAUAGUCUGGAUUAUGGAAAUUGUGGCCAACUCAGCACCACUCUUUCACAAUGAGCUCUUUGCAGCUCGCUUCAACCGCACCUUCUGCUUUGAGAAGUAUCCAAUGCAAGACUGGGUGGCAGGCAUGAACCUCUACCGCAUCUUCCUGGGCUUCUUGUCUCCCUGGUGUUGCAUGUUAGCAGCGUACAAAGGAAUUUUGAAGGCAGUACGUGGUAAUGUUUCCACCGAGCAGCAAGAGAAAGCUAAGAUCAAGAGGCUAGCUCGUAGCCUCAUCCUCAUAGUACUGCUUUGCUUUGGACCCUAUCAUGUGCUCAUGCUGUGGCGCAGUGUGCUCUUUCUCAGCAACCCCUGUGACUGUCGAGGAGAAGAGUACUUAUUUACUGCCUACCAUGUAACCCUCGCACUCACCAGCUUGAACUGUGUGGCAGACCCAAUCCUCUACUGUUUUGUGAAUGAAGGAGCUCGCAGCGAUGUGAGCCGUGCCCUGGCCACCCUGAUGACGGCCUUUCACCGAGGACAAACUACAGACAUGUUAAUGGGGAGUUCCAUGACUGUAGAAACACCCCUGGCCAGCAAGAAACCAGACCUCUUUGAGGAGUUCAAAGCUAAUUCCUAUAAAAAUGAAAUUGAAACACUGAAAGAGGAAUGUCUUCAAAUGACCAAACUUAGUGUUAGAAAGUGAAGCGAUGCAGUACAUACACUCACCAGUCACUUUAUUAGGUACACCCAUCCACCUGCUGUGUUGUGCGGUGAUCUAAUCAGCCAAUUCCUUGACAGCAGCACAAUGCAUAAAAUCAUGCAGAUACAAAUCAAGAGUUUCAGUUAAUGUUCACUUCAAACAUCAGAAUGGGAAAAUUGUGAUCUCUGUGACUUUCACUGUGGCAUGGCUGUUGGUGCCAGCUGGACUGGUUUGAAUAUUUCAGAAACUGCUGAUCUUCUGGGGUUUUCACACAUAACAGUCUCUAGAGUUUACACAGAAUGGUGUGAAAAACAAAAAACAUUGAGUGAGCAACAGUUCUGUGGGUGGAAACAAACGCCUUGUUGAUAAGAGAGGUCAGAGGAAAAUGGCCAGAUUGGUUUGAGCUGCCAGGAAGGAUAUAGCAACUCUCUUCCACUCCUGCCAACCAAGAACAGGAAUCUUAGAAUCAAGAACAAGUUCCUAAUAAAGUGGCCUGUGAGUGUAUGUAGACACACGUAUGUCAAGAGCUCUUCAGGGACCCUAAGCCUAAAGUUUCUUCACAGAUUCUGUCAGCAAUGUUGAUGUGUAAUUAAAUUGCUAAUGUAAAACCCAA